AAGCAACCGACGUCACCAGAAACAGCUAGCUAGCCAGUUGUUUUGGGAGAAGAAGAAAAGGGUUACAAGCGGAAGAAACACCGGAUUUGGUUUCGGAUAGUACUCGGUUUAUGGUCCUGCUUUAGGAUUUUUUAAAUUACAUUUUGAAUAAUGUCGACCCCGGCAAGGAGACGGCUUAUGAGAGAUUUUAAAAGACUUCAAGAAGAUCCUCCCACCGGUGUGAGUGGAGCACCAUCAGAGAACAACAUCAUGCUUUGGAACGCAGUUAUUUUUGGGCCUGUGGGAACACCGUUUGAAGACGGAACAUUUAAGCUGCUGAUAGAGUUUUCAGAGGAGUACCCAAACAAGCCUCCCACAGUUCGGUUUGUCUCCAGAAUGUUUCACCCAAAUGUUUACGCAGAUGGCAGUAUAUGUUUAGACAUCCUUCAGAACCGCUGGAGCCCCACAUACGAUGUGUCGUCCAUACUCACUUCCAUCCAGUCGUUGCUGGAUGAGCCAAACCCCAACAGCCCGGCCAACAGUCAGGCGGCACAGCUCUAUCAGGAAAACAAGAGGGAGUACGAGAAGAGGGUGACGGCCAUCGUGGAGCAGAGCUGGGUGGACGUCUGAGCUUCUCUCACUCUCUACUCCUUCCUCUCCACCACCCCUCUCUCUUCAUCAUCAAGUACUUCAGUCUUUCAUUUUUACCUCAUCGAGAAAAAAAAAACAAAAAAAAAAACAGCAACUAUAUCAGAAGAACUCAAGUGCCACCGUGAAAAUAAGGAAGAAUGAAAAAAAAAAAAAGAUCCAGAGAACAACCAAACCAGAAUGGACAUUAUCUUGCUUGCCAACACAUUUGAGGAAAUCGAGGGAGGAGAAAUCAAUCUUCUAUUUGUGUUUCUUGUCCUUAAUUUUACUUUUUUUAUUGCAUGAUGUGAAAUAAGUUAUUGCUAACAGAAUUUGUAAUAUAUCUUUGUCGUUUGGUUGGAUUGAUGCUGUUAGUGUUUGAGUUUUACAGACUUUUUUUUCCCCAAACUUUCCUCUUUUUUUGUAUUGUCUGCUGGUGUGCACUCAACUUAGCUGUUUGGAAAGGCAGCUUGAUGACCAAAUCAGCACAUUUGGAAAAAAAAUGCCUUUCAGAGUCCAUAUCAUUGUUACUCUGCAAGUCAGCCAACAGAUGCAGUUUGUAAAAGAACAAUCCCUGAUCUGCUCCAGCAUAUCUCUGUUAUUUUAAGAGACGCUGUAGGUUUGGGCUCACAGACGUCACAGGCUGCAACAGCGCCAAGUCUCCCUUGCACUGAUGAAUCAUGGCUAGGCAGCUCUGAGCUUUUAUUCCAGUCAUCUCUGCUCCAUGGUAGAUUAUGUUCAAGAGGGAGUGUUAUGAGAAAGUAAAUAUUAAAAUCGGGAUGGGACAGGAUAAAUUUGUACUGAUGAAAAGGAUGUGGGAAUCUCAGCUGAGCCAAGGAAAUGCUGUAUUCAUUGCAAUCAUUUGAGUCAAGUCUUCCCGCUGUUGUUCUGUGUCCCAGUGUCUCUGUUAAGUGUUAUAAAAUGUGUGUGGGAGCCUCUGAGCUCAGGAGCUCAACAGUGCUUGAAGAUUUUCUUGAAUGAUGGUGCUAUAUCAUUUUAAUAUGGUGCAUUCAUAAUGGUUACCGGGGCUUGAACGACAGUGGUAGCAAGUAGAAUUAGAAUGAAUUUGGUAGAUAGAAUGUGGUCUAGUCUGCUCAUUUUCUAAAAUACACCUUUGUAUCAGUUGUUAUAGCUCAUAAUUGAACCGAAAAUUGAAGAUAAAUGCAGAACUAGAUACAAAGUGUUCUCCGCUCACUCUCCUGACAGCUCAUCUUAGGCUAGCGCCCACAUGGUUUUCCAGUUUCGCCCGCCACAGAAAGUAAACGACUUCCGAAUGCUUUGUUGCCUGUGACGCGCGUCAGUGUGAAUGAAGAGCCUGUGCUUUUGAUCCUUCUCUUAAAAUAACACAGCUGACAUAUGAAUUAACAAAUGAGCAGAGGAUAAAAGCAGUGCAGUCCGGGAUAGUCUUUUUUUUUUUUUUUUUUUUUUUCGCU